GUUACUACUAUAAAUAAUCACCACUAAUCCUAGUAUUGAUGCUUAAAUGAGAGACGAUCGAGUUUAGUGGCCCUCUGUAAUGACUUUGCGAAUCUAGUUUCCCAGAAUAACGAGGUCCUCGAUCUCCUGAAAUGGCCCCUGCAGUACUUGGCAUAAAACCAGCUCCCAGCUGCGACUCUGCUGCUAAUAUUAAUACUCACUUUGCUGGAGAGACAGAGCUCUCCAAGUCGAAGUUCUCCCAAACACUUCAAACAUCCAUGCCCUCUUCGGUCCACCAGACUCGAAUCGUCACGGAUGAAACCACCAUCGACCUGGAAAACAAUGGGCCGGCUCUGAGGGCUCAGCACUGGGUGCUGAACCCUCCCCGGCCACCAGGUCUGUGGGACGAGCUCAAGAAUACGGUCAGCGAGACUUUUCUCUCUCAUGGAGAAAAGUUCAAGUCUCUUAUGAAGCAACCCGUGUCUGGAACAAUUUCGAUGUUGGGGACUCUUUUCCCGAUUCUUGUGUGGGGUAGAGACUACACGGUUGCAAAAUUUAAGAGGGAUUUGUUGGCGGGAUUGACUCUUGCAAGCCUCUGCAUUCCCCAGAGUAUUGGAUAUGCAACUCUAGCCAAGCUUGAUCCUCAGUAUGGUCUUUAUACAAGUGUUGUGCCACCACUUAUAUAUGCUUUCAUGGGGACAUCAAGAGAGAUCGCAAUCGGACCGGUGGCCGUGGUUUCAUUGUUACUGUCCUCUAUGAUCCAGAAAUUGGAAGAUCCGGAGGCUAAUCCCGUUGCCUAUACAAGGCUUGUUCUUACUGUUACCUUUUUUGCAGGUCUCUUUCAAGCUGCCUUUGGAUUUCUAAGGUUGGGUUUUCUGGUAGAUUUUCUCUCACAUGCAGCCAUAGUGGGGUUUAUGGGAGGGGCUGCUGUGGUUAUAGGUCUCCAACAGCUUAAAGGAUUGCUUGGACUCACUCACUUCACUGUCAAAACUGAUAUUGUCUCUGUUUUGGAAGUCAUUUUCAAAUCAGUUCACAACUCUUGGAGUCCUUAUAACUUCAUCCUUGGUUCCUCAUUUCUUACAUUCCUUUUAAUUACCAGAUUCAUGGGUAAAAGGAACAAGAAAAUAUUUUGGUUACCAGCCAUCGCGCCCCUGAUAUCAGUAAUCUUGUCUACGCUUAUCGUCUUUUUGACAAGAGCAGAUGAACAUGGAGUGAAAAUUGUGAAGCACAUCAAAGGAGGGCUGAAUCCGAGCUCAAUUCAUCAGUUACAGUUUGAUAGCCCACACACCUCGGAGGUGGCUAAAAUUGGCUUGAUUGUUGCAGUUAUUGCGCUCGCGGAAGCCAUUGCGGUGGGUCGAUCAUUUGCAUCCUUCAAGGGAUAUCAUAUUGAUGGAAACAAGGAAAUGGUGUCCAUCGGAUUCAUGAACAUCGUUGGAUCUUUGACUUCAUGCUAUGCUGCUACCGGUUCAUUUUCACGUUCAGCUGUGAAUUUUAGCGCUGGAUGUGAGACGGCGAUAUCAAAUAUUGUGAUGGCAAUAACAGUGGCAUUGUCACUGGAAUUGUUCACAAGGCUCUUGUACUACACCCCUAUUGCAAUCCUUGCUUCUAUUAUCCUCUCGGCAUUGCCAGGACUUAUUGACCUUAAUGAAGCUUACAAUAUUUGGAAGGUUGAUAAGCUUGAUUUUCUCGCUUGCAUUGGAGCAUUUCUUGGAGUGUUGUUUGUGUCCGUCGAGAUUGGUCUGUUGGUUGCGGUGAUGAUAUCAUUUGCAAAAGUUUUGCUAAAUGCAAUUAAGCCAGGAAUAGAAGAUCUAGGAAGGUUUCCUGGAACAGAUGUGUUCGGCGAAGUGAAUCAAUACCCAAUGGCUAUUAAAACUCCUGGAAUCCUAACAAUCCGCAUCAAAUCUGCUCUGCUUUGUUUUGCAAAUGCCAAUUUCAUUAAAGAAAGGAUCUUGAAGUGGGUGGAUGAAAAAGAAGAAGAUGAGGACUGCACUAAAGGAAAUGCUAAAGGAAGACCCAAACUUGUAAUUCUUGACAUGUCCAGUUUGAUGAAUAUCGAUACAUCUGGAAUUGCUUCUCUUGAGGAACUACACAAGAAGCUCAUGUUGCAUGGCACUGAGUUAGCUAUGGCAAACCCUAGGUGGCAAGUGAUUGACAAGCUAAGGCUAGCCAACUUUGUGAACAAAACUGGAGGAAGGAUCUUCCUGACUGUUGGAGAAGCUAUGGAUGCAUUUCUUUGAUGCCAGCUGCAGGGUGAAUGUUUUUUUUAGUAAUAAUUUAAUUAAGACUGAAUGGAUGCAUGUUUGGCUUCCUUGUUUGUGUGUAAUUUCAUGGUCCCACGCUUGUUAUGUAAAUAUAGAUUGGGGACUCAAAAUAAGGGGAAUGAGUGUAAUUUAUUCUCCCCGCUAUGCGAGAUGCUGCAGGCAUUCCGUGCUUGGCAGUGGCGUCGAGCGGCUCAUCCGACUGCUCAUUUCGGAACGGACGACUUGUAUCUAAUCUCAUUGCAUAAAAAUCUCGACCAUUCGUUGUUUGGAUUAAGAUUCGAGCCGUUCAUUGCCGAGAUGAACGGUCAGAUGGGCCGCUCAGCACCGCUUAGCAGCAUCCCCAGGUCUUGUGAAAAUAUUAGGUUGUGUGGUUUGAGUUAAGUUAUAUGCGUCUGUAUUCAAAACACUAGUACCUACUUCUUGUAAUAUACGUAUGAGUUUGUA